AUGCGCAUAAUUGAAUGGGUUGUACAAGUCUCGCUUCUGCUCGGCGCUCUUCCGCUUCUCUUCGUCUUCGUCCUCUUGCCAUUGCUCAUCUACUUCUGUCCGCACGUCAUGCAAAAUCUGUUCUUUCUCAAUUUUCGUAAAAUCCCGAUGACCGACUAUGAGAAUGUUUCGGCGAACAACGUGAAAUCGACGGGUCGAAGUUUCUAUCUACAGGGCAUAUGUGGCCACGGGAGUCUCUCGGCUCGAUACCACGACAAGAAUAUAAUUCCGACUGGCGAGGAAAUGGAGGAGUCUCUCUCGAAAGAAGUCUACCCGGUUGUACUCUACGCGCAUGGAAAUUCAUUUGAUAGAACAAUUGAUCACCGAUGCCAGUUGUACAAUGUGCUUAACGAUAUGAACUAUCAAGUGAUUGCUUUUGAUUACAGAGGUUAUGGAGACAGCGAGGGCACACCAACAGAGGAGGGACUUGUGGCCGAUUCACGACUCGUUUUUGAAUAUUUACGGAAGAAAGUCGGCAAGAAUCUUCUCAUCAUUUGGGGGCACUCGAUGGGUACCGGGGUAUCAACGAAGCUCGUGCAAGACUUGUCAAAAGAGAGUAAAGCGCCUGAUGGUCUCAUCUUAGAGUCACCGUUCAAUAAUCUUCACGAUGCCGUCAUGAAUCACCCAUUUAGUUUUAACAUUGAGCAAACACUCAUCGCAAUGGGCUUCUCGCCAAUUCGCUGGAUGCCCGACACGUUGGUGAAUUUGUUGAUUUUAAAUCCAUUGCGCUCGGUCGGAUUGAACAUGAACAGUGAUCAGCGAAUUGUUGACAUCACAUGUCCGAUUUUCAUCAUCCACGCCGAAGACGACCACGUAAUCCCCGCGAAACUUGGACGACUUUUGAGAGACGCGGCAAAGCAAGCGGAACGGGACGUCGAAUACCUCGAGUUUCCCUCAAAUCGGCAAUUCAAACACAAGUUCAUCUAUUUGGCUGACGAAUUGCCGGCACAUGUGAGAACCUUCUUCGCCAAAUGUGAUAAGUUACGCCACGGGAACAACUCACAGCGCCUAGAU